GCUGUCGUUAGUGGGCGCAGACGGGUUCUUCUAACACCAUGAGAUGCAGCUAUGAUGGUUCACUGAUACAAACCCAGGAAAACAGGUACAGGAUGUGGAUUUUUAUAUUGCUUUACAUCCUGGGGCUAAACAUCUCUCAGGCUACCGGACACGACAAUUCAACACAAAUGUAUUAUGCCAAACUGACAAUAGAGAACAGUGCAAUCGGAAACUUAACUAAGAUCCUGAAUCUCUUUGUGAGCAGCACCAUGCAUGUUGACGACCUUAAAAAGACAACAAAGUGUCAGAAUGUCUCUGCCAGCACAGAGUGUACCUGCGAACAACACUACAGAUGGAGUGAUAAAGUCUGUAAAUCUAAUCCAGAGUGUUGUGGCAACAAGACAUGCACCUUUCCCUGGAAGUCCUCAAGCAUGUGUGUUUCAAACACAGCAGUUACUGUCAAAGGAUCCAUUAUUUUGAAUGAGAAGUAUUACAGUUGUCUGGCGGAAAAAAACUCAGAGAAAUAUCAGCAGUGCAACAACAAAUUGUUAAAGGAGAUGAAAACAGUGUACAGCACCUUGAGGGGAUUUGACAUCUUAAGAAUUAGCAAAUACAGGAUUGGAAGCAUCAUUGCAGAUUUUGAAAUGAUCAUUGCUUACGGCAUCAUGCCGUCUGACCUGAGCACCAAAUCCAUCAGCCUGAGCAAGAAUCUGUCAGCAUCACUUGUUCUGGAGACCACAGGUAUUGUCAAUUUAAGCAUGCCCCCUAACCCUGUGUGUUACAACGACAAGCUUGACCUCAUAUGCACGGUGCGGGAGGACAUGAAGACCCAACCAGUGUGGUGGCUGAGAGGAAAUGACGAAGUAUUUGACAUAACUAAUGGCACAAUGUCAGAGGUGACCAUGAAAAAAAUGGAGACCAAAGUCAUAAUUAAAAACAUAUCACAACUCUGGGCAGGAGAGUACACAUGUCUCUACAAUCAAAAGACAAAUUUCUACACCAUAUCUCACAAAGCCAGUGCAGUAAUGGACAUAGCCCUCCUGCCAGACAUUGGCAUCAGCACUGCUCCAAGUUUUCCACAAUGCCGAAAGAGCUCAACUUCACAGAAACUAACAGUUCAAUGUGAGAUAGAGAGGAGUAGUGAGAAUUACACUGUGACAUGGAAAGGCCAAAACAUUGCAACAGAAAUAAUACCACUACCUGCUAGUUCUUCGGAAAAGACACAUAUUUAUGCAGCUGAAACAAUUGUUGACUGCAAUUCAGCUGCACAUAAACCACAACUAACAUGCACUUUGAGGAACAGGUGUAAUCAAGAGAGAACCGCUUCAAUUUAUAUCAAUAUGAUAUAUGAAAAUGAUCAAUUCUGUGCAGCUGAAGGUGGCUGGGAGGACACCAAAGCUGGAUUUACUGCAGUGUUAACAUGCAAGAACAUGGCUGGACAAAUACAAAGGAAAUGCCGGAAAGGCUCUGAAAAGGCGACGUGGGAAUCAGAGGUUUCAACGUGUGUGAACCCGAAUGUGAACAAUGUGCUGCAAAGAGCAAACAUUGUCGACACUGGACUUGGCUCACUAAAUGGAAAUGCUGCACACAUAUUUUCCCUCCUGGAGAAUGUCACUAAUGACUCACAGACUAUCAACACUUUCGCCAAUAUGAAUGCAUCUGUUCAAGUACUCUUCACGUUGAGUCAAAGGCGACACCUGCAGCCAAAUGAAUCGACAGCGGAUGACUUUCUGGAUUCAUCCAGCAAUUUGUUGGAAAACUCUCUGAACAAUUCAUGGAAAACACCCGCUGACGCAGGCAAUAUUUCAUUGGCUGAGACAUAUCUGAGUUCUGUUGAGCAAUUAAUUCAAGUGGCCAACAUAACAAGUGUCCCGAAAAAGAAAAAUAUAGAAGUAGCGCAAUGCAAUUGUUCACAUGGGGCACAUUGUACCAACACAGUGUUUAAUGUCACCAUCCUUCUUGAUAGUCCGGACGCUGGCAGUGUAAAAACAGCUGGGUUUAAAGAACUGGAGAAGUAUUUGCCCAACAGUGAUGACAAGUACAAGCCGAACAGCAUUGUUGUGUCAACAACUGCAGAAAGGACACAAUCAAAUUCAGUUGAGAUUAAAAUUAACUUCAAAUUGCUUGAGCCGAGGCCUCGUAAUGUUGAGAUACAGUGUGUGUCAUGGGAUAAUAACAGCAGUCGUUGGUCAUCAGACGGAUGCCAUUGGGAUGGUCCUUAUAGUGAAGGACGCUGUGUUUGCAGCCAUUUGUCCUCAUUUGCCAUUCUAAUGGCAAGGUAUCCCUUAGACAUCCCUGGGAUAACUGAGAUAACCUACGUAGGACUGUCUGUAUCAAUCACGUCACUUGUUAUUAGCCUUGUGAUAGAAAUGAUUGUCUGGAAGGCUGUAGUAAAGACAAAUAUGUUACAUUUACGCCAUACUGCCCACGUAAACAUUUCUGUAUGUUUGCUAGUUGCAGAUACCUGCUUUUUAGCAUCUUCAAAGCCUGAUGAUAUUUCAUUAAUCUGGUGUAAGACGUUUGUGGUGUUGAAGCAUUUCUGUUACCUGUCCAUGUUCUUUUGGAUGUUGUGUCUGAGCAGCAUGCUUCUUCACCAAGCGGUUUUCCUCUUCCAUAAUGUGAGCAAGAAAAACUACCUGAGGUUCGCUAUCGUUCUGGGCUAUUUGUGUCCGUUGCUUAUUGUUGCUAUCACGUUUCUUGCCAGUAAGGGUGGUGCUGAAGGCUCGUACUUCUCCAGAGAGACCUGUUGGCUGGUUUAUACUGGACUUAUGACUGGGUCCAUCCAAGCAUUUGUAAUACCAGUUGGUAUUAUUGUUUUCAUCAAUGUGUUCUCCAUGCUAGUGGUUAUCAUGAAGCUUUUGGAUCACCCGAAGAGCACAAAAACAUUGCAUGAGAAAGACAAAAAAGCGGCCGUAACUGUCCUGAGGUCAGUUAUUCUUCUGACUCCAGUCUUUGGUGUGACUUGGAUCUUUGGGUUUGCCGUAAUGGUUGUUGAUCUCACAUCGGGAGGCAUAGCAUUGGCAGUCAAUUACGUCUUUAUCCUGCUGAACGCCUUCCAGGGUUUGUUCAUUUUGUUGGCCACAUGCCUGGGGGACAAACUGACCCGGGACGCUCUGCUGAACCGUCUAAAAAAGAGUGCUCCAGCAAUGACUAAUCAUAGCACCACCAUGUUAGAGUCAAUUUGGAACAAGUGAAGAUCGCCUGAAAUAUGUACAGUGAAUAGCACAAUCAGCUAAACUUACCCUGACUGGACUACCUUUUUUGUUGUUUGUCUUGGUUUAAUACCUCUCUGCAUAAAUUUGUUACAAGAUAUCUGUGUUUUUGACAGGAACAAUUUUCAAGCUGUAUUCUGUGUUGCUUUAAAUCAAACUACAUAUAAAUGUCAAAUGUGGUUCCAGCAAUGCUGUAUGUAUAUUACGUGGUCUUCAUUAGUAUUAAAGCACCGAAAGGCCAGAGAAACACCGUCAACUGAAAGGCUACAAAGAUGUCACACACUUUGUUGUGCAUAUGUGAGUUCGGCCUACGUCUGAGCGUUGCCUUUAGAGAUCCUGUUUUCUUGAUUUUCUUUGCCUUGUUCUGCCCACUCCUCGUCUGUGUCAUCCAUGGAAAUCCCUUUUUGGGCUGCUGUCUUACGGUAGGCCUGGCACUCAAUUUCUGCUCUGCAACAUACAAAAACAGGGCAAUUUACUUGUCUGAUGUAUGACGUCAUUGUAUAGUGUUAUUGGGUUAUGUAUUUUAAAGAAAAGCUUUGUAUAUAAAAGAGAAGUGUACUUCAAGUAUGACACAUAAUAACCAAGGCGGUAUG